UUAUCGCUCAUAAAAAUAUUUGGAAGUAUUCUUCACUUUUUGAACAUCAACUUUGUCUUGACUGCCUUUGGCUUUGCCUUGGGCUGGCUCGGGCCUGGCUUUGGACUGGUCUGGAAAUCGGGCACCCCUUUAAGCUUUAGUACGUUGAUAAUUGUGCAUGGGUGAGGACUUGAAUAAUCAAGAAUUAUUCCAAGAUGCCCCGUGGUGGACCAGGACCAAGUAGUAGAAGGCAUGAUGAGGAAGAGGAAGAAAUGGAUUACACCAUGUCUCAGGCAACUCAACAGACUCAGUCACUUACACAAGCACAGAGAGCAGCAGAUAGUUUACCAAAGGAAGUAAUUGAUCAAAAGGUGAGCAAUCUUGUGCAGUACAUGCUGAUCAUGGAAGCAAAGAAAAACCCAGUAAAAAGAUCAGACUUAUAUAAGAAUGUAUUCAAGGAGCACAAGAAUAUUCUACCAGAAGUACUACGAAGGGCUAAGGUCAAAUUAAAUGAGAUAUUUGGAUAUGAACUAGUGGAGGCAGAACAAGGUGGAAAGACAAAGACAAAGUGUUAUUUCUUACUCAAUUCACUGAGCAGUGAUCUCACACAAGAUCUUGUGAGGAAUAAUGAUGAAGUGAAGUUUGGACUGCUCUACAUCAUCCUUGCCUUAAUCUUCAUGAAUGAAGGACAAAUGUCUGAUGUUCAAAUGUGGCUUCUACUCCAAAAGCUUGAGCUCAAUCCAGAAGAGAAGCAUCCGGUCUAUGGAGACUUGCGGAAACUGGUCACACAGGACUUCACCAAACAACUGUACUUGGAUUGUCAGAAGAUCCCAAAUACUGAUCCUGUAGAAUCUGAGUUCAAGUGGGGUGUGAGAGCUGAGAAGGAGAUGGAUAAAGAACAAAUACUUAACCUUGUAGCUCAGAUCAUGGGUGAAGAGAACCCCAGCAUCUGGAAGACACAGUAUAGAGAGGUUCUCAUCGCCAAGGGUAUCAAUCCAGACGAAGCAGCCGAGAAUGCAAAUGGAGAGGACAACGAUGAGGAUGAUGAAGACAUGGAUGAUGACUAGAAAGACAGACAAUAAUAGGUUAGCUAUCAGUGUAGCCUUACGUUGUGACCUUGGUUCAGAAUGAAGUUGAUGGACUUGUGCCUUUUGGUAAGACAAUGAAUACAAAUGAUCUCUUGGAGGACAUAAAACACCAGCCAUCCAGUUCCUUUUUACCAUCUAUACUUUUAACAAGCUUUAUAGCUAAACAAAUCAUUAACCAUACUGGAAUUGUAUGAAAAUUUGAAUGAUUUGCAACAAACUUUGGCUCUUCAGGUCUUACGUUAUUUAAGGAGAAGUGCAGACAGAAGCAGAGAAAAAAGCUUUACUCUUGAUUUUGUGCAAUCGUAUCUGAUGAGCUUUGUAAAUUUGCUCUUCACAACUUCACUGAAAUUGGGCAAAAGAGAAAAGAGGAGCAGAGAUUCAUGCUCUCACUUUUCAUUUGAUGAGAUAUACAAAAGCCCUUGGAGCAUUUUAUGAAACAAAAAAACUAGGCAGUGAAAAUUGGUUAUAAGUUACCCAAAUCCUUGCAUCUGAUUGGCUCAGAGUAAAGUUGGCAGUGGAAGGCACUAUUUGUUUCGUGGAACACUCUGCCUAAUACCUCAGUCAAACUUCCCCUUCAGCGGCCGUAUGGCAAAUCAAAAACAGCAAUUUUAUUCAUCUUUAUAUUAAAAAUGCCAGUUCUUGACUCCCCGUAUGACCGCCGUAGGGGAAAUGUGAAUGAGGUAUAACUUAAGUUCCCUGAAUCAUAUCUCAGUGAGAAAGGAUGCAGACCUCUUGAGAUAACCAAGAAAUUUGAAACUUUCCAUUAAGUUAGACUGCUUAUUAUUGCUUGAUCAUUUUGACAGAACUUGUUUAUUUUCAUAUUGGAAUCGGCCGGGGGGGGGGGGGGGGGGGCACUUACAUUGACGAG